GCCUGCGAACCGAAUGUAAACAACAGCUGUAGGUAGUUCUUGGAAAUCUUGGUUUUUAACUCGUUCAAAGCACAUGUGUUUAAUAUUGUAUGUAACAAAGUGAAAUAAGAGAAGUACGAUGCCUUCUCUGCGACUAGUGAACCUUAGAAUCAGCCAAUGUAGGAUUUCUAGACUGUAYCCUCGCACAUUGCACAAGMAGUCAUCAUCAACAAUUCAAGCUUGUUUUACUCGAGGAUUUUGCGAAGUUAUUCACCCCUCAACUCCACCUGUUUUUGACUCGAAAGUCGGGUUCAUUGAYUACGAGAAAGAGUGGUCGAAUUAUCGYGUUGAGGUGCCAAAGUUUUUCAACUUUGCWAAUGUUUUGGAUGACUGGGCUGGCAAGGUCGAAUCAGGAGAGAGAUCCAAAGAAAACCCAGCGUUUUGGUGGGUGGAUGAGAAUGGCAAUGAAUUAAAGUGGUCUUUCCAUGAACUGUCAGUCAAUUCGAAACGGGUAGCCAACAUGUUAACAGAAGAAUGUAACGUCAGAAGAAAAGAUCGUGUUAUGGUYAUCUUACCCAAGGUUCCAGAAUGGUGGCUGACGAGCAUUGCAUGCAUGAGAACUGGUAGUGUGUCAAUACCUGGUACCACACAACUAAGAGUCAAAGAUAUCUUAACAAGAUUACUUGUGUCCAAGACCAAGUGYAUAAUAGUGGAUCCUGAGACAGCUAAACUAGUUGAUGAGGUGGCGGGAUUGGUUCCAGAUUUGGAAACUAAAGUCAUUGUWGGAGAAACUGCUGAACAAGAAAACAGGAAAGGUUGGAUACCAUUUCACAAGAUUUACGAACAAGCUGCGCCAACGCACAACUGUGCUCCAACGUUAAGUGAUGAACCCUUGAUGUUAUUCUUUACGAGUGGAACGACUGGACUCCCMAAGAUGACAGAACAGCCCCAUUCAUACGCUCUGGGACAUAUCACGACAGGAAAGUACUGGUUGGAUUUGUGCCCUGAUGACGUACACUGGACCAUGUCAGACACGGGCUGGGCCAAGGGUGCCUAUGGAUGUCUUUUUGGUCCCUGGAUUCAAGGAGCUUGCACUUUUAUACAUAACGCACCRUUCAAUGCCAGGUCGGUCCUAGAGGUCCUUCAGAAGUACCCCAUUUCAACGUUCUGCUCCCCACCCACUGGGUAUCGAAUGAUGGUUCAUGAAAAUGUCAAAGAAUUUAAGUUUCCUAAGUUGAGACAUUGCUUAAGCGCAGGAGAACCAAUCAACCCUGAAGUGAUGGACGAAUGGCGGCAGGCGACUGGACUCGAAAUACGUGAAGGAUACGGCCAAACAGAAACGACUCUUUUAUGCGGCUCAUUUCGAUGUAACGAGAAUCGACCAGGAUCAAUGGGAAAAGCAGCUCCGGGCUACGACGUUAGGAUUAUAGACCAUGAUUGCAAUGAAUGCGAACCGAACGUCGAAGGAGACAUUGCAGUGCGAGUUAAACCAAACCGACCAGUUGGUCUCUUUACAGAAUAUAAGGUGAUCGUGGUAUUCGAGACGAAGACGGUUAUCUUUGGUUUGUUGGACGYGCUGAUGACGUCAUCUUAUCAUCGGGAUACCGUAUUGGCCCUUUUGAAGUUGAAAGUGCUUUGAUAGAACAUCACGCUGUCGCCGAAUCAGCGGUUGUCAGUAGGUUGUAAAAGCAUUCGUGAUUUUAGCUCCACAUUUCGAUGGACAUAGAGAUGAYCUGGUGCUUGAGUURCARGAACACGUUAAAAUGACAACAGCACCWUAUAAGUACCCAAGAAAGAUCGAGUUCGUUGACCAUUUACCCAAGACGGUUAGUGGAAAGAUCAAAAGAAAAGACCUAAGAGCCCUGGAAUGGGAYAAGGAGGUAUCCGAAGAAUGACCUCCGUGAGCCCCGCCUUGUAUCUCGAUAUAACCAGAAGUCAAAGAAUAAACAAUUGGGAUAAUGUUAUACCUUACAGAAAGAAUCCAAUUCAGUCCAUUUGUUUCUUUCGCCGGCAAAUCAUUCCAUAAUCUUUUCAGUCUUCUGUACAAGAUGAUUAACAAUAAAGUAGUUUUGAGU